GCAUCAUUUAAGCGUUCAAGCUUUGAAAAGCUGAGAGAGAUAGGUAGAAACGGAGAAGGGAGAAGAAAGUAGAACAAAAUGAUAUCAAGAAAAGACUUUAGAAUUAGGCGUCUCUUCCUUAUUUCAUUUUGUAAGUUUAUGUUUAUUCAAGAUAAUUAGACUAACCGAAUUUUCACUUUUAAUUUCAUUAUUUAAUGCGACGUCACAAGAGGAUUCAAUUCCAAGGAAUACAGCUGUCUAUUAUGGACAAUCAGCUAACCUAACUUGCUUCGAGAAUAACGCUAAUAGCAUUUAUCAGUCAACAAGUUGGAUGGUUAGAGAAAGUCAAUCGUCUAUUACAAAACUUAUAGCCGAUAAGUCGGGUAUUUUGCCGUCUGCCAAGUCUUAUUAUAGCUACUUGAACAGUCCAAGGGUUGAUUUACACGUUAAAAAGGUCGAUUCAAUUUCAACUGGCCGAUACGACUGUACAGCAUACGACAAUGAUGAUGAGGUUAAGAGGUAUUGGGCAUUUCUCAUGGCGCUAGACGAAAAACCCGUUUGUGCUCAAAAUGAAACUUUAUCCAGCGAAUAUCCUGCAGGGACAAAAAUAGUGUACUGCUAUGCUAAUUAUACUGGAGAUUAUUCGCCAACAGUAACUAUAAAGUCAAUCAAGGGGGGUAUUAGAAAAAUGAGACAAUUCUCGAAACACGAGCCUAUUGGUGGGACAAUUUCCAUGGUUGGAGGAUGUGCAUUAAUAUUGCAAGACUCCGACUACAAUUGCACUGUUGAAUUCCUCUCCCCGCCUCCUUCUCUGAUACUCAAUUCAGGAUUUGAUCAAUCGGCCCCAGGCCUACCGACUAUAUGCACCCAGAAACUUAACGAUGAUAGCCAAGUCCCUGAGUGGUUAAAGGGAAAUUGUGAAACGUCUUUAGUACAGAAAGAUUAUACAAAACUACCAAAAAAUACAGCAGCUUUGAUAGAUGAAACUGCAUUAUUAAAUUGCAGCGUUAUAAAUUCUAUUGAUCAUUCUGACGGUUCUUGGUCUCUUAGACAAAGCCAAAGCGAUCAGUUAAUUACGCUAACAGAAGCUUUUAACGUAACCGAUCAAGUUGACGAACACGUACACUUUCCAGUUAAUAAUGUUUUUAAUAUAGAAGUUAAAGCAACAAAUCGCUAUACGGCUGGCUUGUUCGUAUGUACAGGAUAUGACACUGCUAAAGUUGACUCUUUCGGAGCUUUUUUAAGCGUUAUGGAUAAGCCAAGUUGCAGUCAUCAAUCUCUAUCAUCAGAUAAAAAAUUAGCAUAUUGCUUCAAUCAAUAUGCCAGCUUUUGGCCUCCAACAGUACGAAUACUAAAGAAUAACGUUGUUAUCGAUUCUGCCUCGUUUCACAAUCAGAAGAUAUCGCCAUUAGCUGAAUAUUCGCAAGUUGGUGCUUGUGCACUAAUUGAUAAGACUACAACUUUUGAAUGUACAAACAUCUUCGAAAGACCACCAGAUAAUUUAUUGGUAAGCGAUAGCAUAGACGACACGGAUACCGAUUUAAUCGCCUCUUGUUCGGAAACAUCCGAUCCUUCAGAUGAUCGACCAGUUCCAGAUUGGUUAAAGGAAAAAUGCGAAAGCUACUUUGAAGUGGGGGAGAUAACAACUACUGCUAGUAUAUCGACCACUUUAACUAAAACAACCUUGGAUACAACGAUACUUUCCUUAUCUUCGAAAAUUCCAGAGACAACCGCGGAAAGUCAAACAAAAACGGAAUAUCCGACAACGACCACUUCUAAUUCUGCCGUUAAAAAUCACGUAGAAUUACAAAAGAUAUUACCGUUUCUCGUUAUAUUCUUCAUGCUAUCUCAUUAGAUUUCCUCCAAAGUUUUAAAUAAUACUUGUCCAUUUGAUUAGGAACAAUAGACUUUUCUUUUGAGAUCGAUAGAAUAGCAGAGAAUUAGAAAAGAAAAUCAAAAAUAUAUUAUAUAGCGUCUCUUUCUUUCUCUUUCCUUCUUAUUAUGAUAAUAAACCAAUACCAAACGUCGUUUUACGUAAAUUAUUGCAUAAUCUACAAUAACCUGGUUAUUAGUAAAGAUUAAAAAAG